GACACGCUGACAAAGCAAAGAAAAACGCUCAAAAUUAGAAUUCACGUUGUAUACAUGACACUCUCGCUCCGAAUGGGCGUAAUCUAGACAAGUAUCUGCUUAUUGUUACCCGAUAUAAAUAGUCAUCGCGGAAGUUUGUAAACCGCGUCGGUUAAUGCGCAUUUCUGAUACAUAACAAUCGACUACUUGCGUUUUAGACUUCGUUUACACAAGACAUUCGAGGAAUUCCGAGGAUUCCAAUUAUGGAGUUUAAAUUCAGUGCCUUUUCCGGCGUCUUUUUGAUACUUUUCACGGUGGAAAAUACUCGGGCGUUUACAAAUGUCUAUCCAAAGCUGAAGAGUCAUCCUUUGAGAGGUGAUGAAGAUGUUGGAAAUCCGUUGUUCCUCACACCUUACAUUGAAAGUGGGAAAAUUGAUGAGGCGAGAAAAAUCGCUAGUGUUCAGCAUAAAGAGAUGAACGAUGUUUCAAGUUAUUCUGGAUAUUUGACUGUUGAUAAGAAAUACAAUUCCAAUAUGUUCUUCUGGUUCUUCCCGGCUGAGAUGAAUCCGAAAACCGCCCCAGUAGUCCUUUGGCUGCAAGGGGGUCCGGGAGCAACUUCCCUCUACGGUCUCUUCACUGAGAACGGCCCGUUCAUGGUGACCAAGAACAAGACCCUCGCUAUGCGAAAAUACGCGUGGAGCACGAACCAUAAUCUCCUGUACAUAGACAAUCCAGUGGGCACCGGCUACAGUUUUACCGAGCACCCCGAAGGUUACGCCAACAACGAGACUCAAGUUGGAGACAAUUUACACACAGCCUUGGUCCAAUUUUUCCAACUUUUCCCACAGCUCCAGGCCAACGACUUCUUCGUCACCGGUGAAUCCUACGCUGGGAAGUACGUGCCAGCAGUGUCGUAUGCUAUUCACACGAAAAAGCCGACUUCCCCGGUGAAGAUCAACUUCAAGGGUCUAGCUAUUGGGAAUGGAUUGACCGACCCGAUCCACCAGCUGAACUACGGAGAUUACCUUUAUCAGCUCGGCCUCAUUGAUUUCAAUGGACUAGAGCAGUUCCACACAUAUCAAAAACGAGGCGUUGACUUUAUCAAUCAGGGCAAAUAUGAUGAAGCCUUUGAAGUAUUUAAUCAGUUGAUCGAUGGCGACCUGAACGCAGUCCCCAGUCUUUUCCAGAAUUUGACUGGUUUCAAUUUCUAUUUCAAUUAUCUUAGGACUAAGGACACUGAGGAGGCUGACUGGAUGGGGGAGUGGAUCCAGAGGGCGGACGUCAGGAAAGCUAUUCACGUGGGCAACUGCAGCUUUCAUUUCGAGGCCAGCGAGGUCGAGAAUCAUCUGAAGAAUGACAUCACUAGGUCGGAGGCUGAUAAAGUUGCUAUUCUCGCGAAGUACUAUCGUGUGAUGAUUUAUAAUGGACAGCUGGAUAUCAUUGUCGCUUAUCCACUGACUGAGAACUACCUGAUGAAUCUCAAGUGGAUUGGGGCCGAGGACUACAAGAAGGCGGCGAGGAGGAAGUGGAUCGUCGAUGGGGAGAUCGCUGGCUAUGUCAAGACUGCGGGGAAUCUGAUUGAGGUUCUUGUGAGAAAUGCUGGGCAUAUGGUGCCUGGCGAUCAACCCAAGUGGGCGUGGGAUUUAAUCACGAGGUUUACGAAGGGAAAGAAGUUGUAGGGGUCAAAUUUUUUGGGGGUUUCAACAGGUGUGGGAGCAUUCCAAAUUAAUUACCGGCGUUAUUCUCAAUCAGUUUGAUUCUUCAGCUGUUAGUUUCUGCAUUUCGCGAUUUUGUUCUCAGGGAGAUUCUCAGGAAUUACUUGAAUACUUUAAUACUUGAAUUUUUGCGGUGGACAUUCUGAUGUUUUUGGGGUAUUUCUGUUGGUAAUUCUGAGGGGAGCCUGGGAGAUACUGAUAAUUUUGCAAAUAUCGAAAAAUUUAGUAGGUUUGGGAAAAUUUCGUGAAAUCCUAAGGAUGUAUUACACCCUUUUUGCCAAAAUUCAAGUUUUUUCAAUUUUUCUGUUAAAUUGAUGAUCGGAUUGACGUGAAAAAAUAUAGCGUUUUUGCGUUUUACCAUUACUUAAUGGCUCAUGAAAUUUCAUGAUCGUGGAAUCUUUUUCCUGCGUUUUUGCUAAAACUUUUCGGAAAUUCACGAAACUUUAG